AUGGCGAUUGAGGACCAGAUGGAUGCGCUGUAUUUGCAGAACAUCGAAGAAUACAUCAACGACAAUGAUGAAGUGGUCACGUACAAGGUGUUGAGUCGUCGACUUGGCGUUCCAGCCAACGUUGCCAAGAGAAUGUUGUUUGCCUAUUACGACCAACACCGCGGUCAAGUUCAGGCGCUUUUCUUCUUGUCGGGCGUCGACGAGCACAGCCGCAUGGUGUGCUCUGUGGUUUCCGAAUCUGAGCUUGCUGCGCUGCAACACAAACUCAAGCAAAUCACGAGUGUUCAUGUCUACGCGCUACAAGCCAGCCUGCCCAAGGAUGCGGCUGCUGUGCUGUACAGUGCAGACUAUGAUGCAGUCAAGGCCAAUCUCGGCGCGAUGCAAUCGUCUAGUGGCAUCGCCUGUAGCGAUGUGAGAGCCGUCAAUUCGUUUGAUGAAGCCUCAGAGGAGAAUGAGGCAGAUGAGCUUCGACUAGGUUCCACCCUGCCACCAGCCGUCGCCAAGGUCGGCGGCGUUGCCCCUCCCAAACACAAGGGCAAGGCUACAUCAGUCCAAUCUUUUUUUGGACAAGGAAAGAAGGACAAAGGUGCAGCUACCACGCCCACGGCGUCGACAUCAUCUUCGAAAAGCACUCCCGCUUCCACAAAUGCUACAAGUACAACAGCCAAGAAAGAGGCCAAACCCAGUAAACCCAGCCUGUUCAAAACUGCCAGCAGCAAAUCAGCGUCAGCAACCACCGCCAAGCCUGCCACCCCUUCGGCACCCACACAGAGUGAGCCCACCCCAAAGAAAAGAAAGGGCGUGCUUUUGGAUGACUCCGAUUCGGAGGAUGACACCGCAGCGCCAAGCGCCCGGCCGCCCUCUCACAAUAAGACCCCGACCGAGUCCACCAAGCUUCAGAACAACGAGGGCGAACAGCCUGCACCAAAGACCGAAAAGAGUGAGCCUCAGAACAAAGAAGUGAAAACCGCAUCGCGAGCCAAGGCACAGACAGAAAAGCAGGCCAAGAAUUUAACAAAGGCGUCUGGUGACGAUGCCAAGCGUGCUGUGUCGGAUACCCCAAGCCCCAGUGCUAAGAAACCAUCGCAAGCGCCGGUUCAGAAGAAGUAUCGUAUGGAUGCCAAUGGUCGAAUGGUGGCCAUUGAUGCGGCAGACGCGGCUCCGAAUCCAGAUGAAGCCGCUUCAACCUCAUCCGCCUCCAGUACCGCCCAGAGUGGAUCAAGUGCACCGAGUACUGCUACGGGAACAAGCACAGGAGCAGUGGCGGCAGCAGGCAAAAGCUUCAAGUUGGCUGAAAAGACGGACGAAGAGCUGCUGGCCAGCAUUCCACGCGUCAAAGUACUCACGACGAAAAAGAACAAGAACUUUGUCAACGACAGUGGCUACCUGGUGACGGAGGAGCAAACAGUGACAGAAGAAGUUGCGUUGACAGAGGACGAGAUUCAAGCUGAGUUUGCGCGACUCAAGGCAAAACGAGACCGCAAGGCGAGCGAGGCCAUUAGUGCCGCAAGCGCUGGCAAGAAGAAGGGGGGCUCCACCAAGAAGAAGCAAGCUUCGAUUGCCAAUUUUUUCAAAAAAUGA